AUGGAUCAUCAUCUAGCCGAGAAGAUCGAGUCUCGGUCGCAGGACCUGUUCAAAGCGCGAAACGAUCGCCCGCAGCUAGAAGUCACUACUUUCGAUCGGAUCAAGAACAGUACCGAGCAAUGGUCACUCCAAAUCAAACAGAAUUUGAGCAUUAGUGAGUUGUCACAGUUGCACAUCUUGACGGAGGAUACCGAUGCUUGUGCCCAAAUUUAUACAAUCCGACAUUUGCGGUCGUGGACGACGCUAAACAUAUCCCACGAGCUGUUCGAACGUCUUCUAAAAACCUACAAUGUGUUUCCCCAUUUCUGGAAAACCGUCCUGACGUUCGGGCGAAAGACGGAAGAAAAUGAAUACGCAUUUCCGACGUUUCGGGGAAAGAGCUCUCGCGGCGAGCAUGGGAAAUAUGAAGAAUUGACAUACGUGAUAAGGCGCGUGGAGAGAAACAAUCGUCCGGUAGAGCUGGGCGAGUGCCCUUGGUCCAUCCGCCAAACAGGAGUAUACCACAAAUUGCGAUACCCAAACAGGGAUUCCCCAGAUAAAUCAAUGUUCAUAUUGGUCGCGCCGUCGCGAUCAGCGGAAAAUUGUAUUGAAACGUGCUUUCGGGAGGCCUCGUCCGAGAAAGAAAUCAUGAAGCCAGCGUUUACGGUUCACGAACGGCUCGUUAUGGACAGUCUGAAAGGCUGGAUGGAAUAUAUGGCCUGGUUGGAGGAAGAGUCCAAGCAAAAGUCGAAUCGCGUCCUCGUCUCGGAUAUUGACAGCAAAAAGAUUCACUUCAACGCCGACGAUCGUCAACGAUUGAAGCAGCUUGAGGACUACAUCACGGAUUUGAUUGUAAUACUCCAGACCAUGAGCGACACCAUAUCCCGCCUUGAGAAGAGGUGCCGGCGAUACUGCGAGAUCGGUUGUCAGGAUACGAAUACUUGCUCGUGCUGUUAUAUGGUUGAAGAAUUUGAAGCGUAUGCGGCAGAGACUCGGGUGUAUUUACAGCGCGCAGAGGUUCUGAAAGCUCGAGUGCAAUCGACAGAACAGCUGUUAUCCGAUUUACUUGGCUAUGAGGAAACCAGAGCGUUGAAGCGAUUAGCGCAGAUAUCCCAUGAAGAAAGCCAUAACAUCACCGAGCUUACAAAGCGAAGCGUUCAAGAUGCUGCGGCAGUGAAAAUGCUAACAAUCGUCGGCCUUGUGUAUUUGCCCACCACGAUUGUAGCGAAUUUUUUCUCAACCGAGUUUGUCAAGGUCAAUGAUGAAGGAGACAUGAAUGUUUCGAGAGAUGUUUGGAUCAUGGCCGUUUGUGCCAUUCCUUUGACCUUCAUCACGAUCGGGGUAUGGUGGUUCUGCGUGAGAUACGAGCCAUGGAUUGAUUCAAGAAAGAAAAUGAAGCAGCUCGUUGACUUUUGUCUGCGAAGGAAGAAGCAUGAAGAGGGGGAUUUGGAAGGAGGCAUCCAGCAGGUGCUCAUUAGGAAGGAGUCCACCAUGUUCAGCUUGAUGAGUUCAUUUACAGAUCGUUGGCCAUCUCCCAAGAAGCCAGAUUCAUGA